CCCCCGCCCGGGACCCCCCCCCCCGGAACCCCCCGGGCCUGUCAAGGGACCCCCCGUGGCCUUCUGGGCUCCGCCGGGACCUCCCCGGCCCUGGCAGGGACCCUCCGGGGCCUGUGGGCCAGUCAGGGACCCCCACUGGGACCCCCAGCGCCCCACCAGAGCCUGUCACGGAGCCUCCAGGUCCCCACCGGGACCCCCCGGGCCUGUCAGAGCCCCUUCUGGGCUCCACCGGGACCCCCCCGGGCCUAGUAGGGACCCUCCGGUGCUCUCCGCGCAUCCCCAGGGCCUCUAGGCUUGUCAGGGACCCCUGCUGGGACCCCCAGCGCUCCACCAGAGCCUGUCACGGAGCCUCCAGGGCCCCACCGGGCCCCCCCAGGGCCUGUCAGGGACUCCCACCGGCCUGCCAGGGACCCCCUGGGCCCCCCUGCACCCCACCGGGCCUGUCUGGGACUCCCUGUGGGCCCUGGGAGGGGGUUUGCCCCUUCCCCAGGCAAGGGACCGCUGCAGAAAGAACCGGGAAGGCUUUAAGCAACAUUUAACUGGGCCCCCUGACAGCCAUCACUCUACUCCCUUACAGGCUCGGGGAUGGCGUGACCCUGGCUGGGCACCGAGGGGCUUCGGGAGCCCCCCAGGACCCUCCGCCGGCCCCGGCGAGGUGCCGUGUUCCUAAUUGGCGCGUAGGAAGCGAUAGCAUCACCCUCCUCCCAGCGGGGACGAGGUAAUUAACUCCUGAGCCGUUUAGUAUAUCGGUAAUAAAAAGAAGCGUCUGCAGUAAAGAAAUCUCCCUUCCCUCCAGCUCUUUGUGCCGUUGGAGCAGCGACAGGAUUUAUUUUAGGGCCCAAGCUGACCACGCAGCAGCCUGGGGGUCCCCGCUGCUGACGCACGGCCAGUUCGCACCCGGCGCAGGGGCUUCGUGGCAGAGCUGAGGCAGAGAAAAAGCUGCUGGGCUGAGGGAAGGGAAUCCCGGCCCUGGAGAUGGAGCCCCCUGCCGCUACCUUCAUCCGAGGGGUGGGGGACGAGGUGACGGUGGUAGCCGGCAUUGUGGUGCUGGUCUUGGCUCUGGUCCUGGCAUGGCUGUCCACCUACGUCGCUGACAGCAGCAACCAGCUUUUGGGAACGAUCGUCGCGGCGGGGGACGCAGCCGUCAUCCGGCUUGGCCAUGUGGAGCGGUACGUGGGGACAGCGGGGGUGGACGAAGCCCCGGAGCCCCCCAGUGUCCCCGAAAACGCAGAGGAGAAAACAGAAGAGGAAGGGGGGGCGGCGUCAGGGCCGGCGGCAGAGCAGGGGGACAGUGGCAGCCCCCCCGACCCUGGCCUGGAGCGGCUGCUGGACAUCCAGAGCUUGCCCAAACGGACCUCGGCUGCUGAGCCCAGCGCCCCGGGCAGCCAGGGGGGGCCACCCAGCCCCGGGGACGACGACGUGUGCUCCGGCCUCAUCAAGAUCCGCCUCAAAUUCCUCAAUGACACAGAGGAGGUGGCUGUGGUCCGGCCCGAGGACACCGUGGGGCGGCUCAAGAGCAAGUAUUUCCCGGGCCAGGAGAACCAGAUGAAGUUCAUCUAUCGCGGGCAGCUGCUGCAAGACCAGGGCCGGACGCUGCGCUCGCUCCACAUCACCGACAACUGCGUCAUCCACUGCCACCGCUCCCGCAGCGCCACCACCGCUGCCACCGUCCUGCCCGACCCCGCCACCGCCGCUCCUGCCGCCGGCGGCCUCCCCCUGGGCGCAGGGAACCUGCUGGUCCCCACCGUUAUGGUGGUGCUGGGCGUCGUCUGGUAUUUCCACAUCAACUACCGGCAGCUCUUCACCGCCCCGGCCACCGUCUCCUUGAUCGGUGUCACCGUCCUCUUCAGCUUCCUGGCAUUCGGGAUGUACGGACAGUAGGGACUCGACCGGCAGGUGGCACGGCCACUAUCCUGCCCCGGUUGGUAGCACAGUGCUUGGGCAGGCGCCGCUUUCUUCACCACGGCGUUACAGUGACUGGAGCCGGCACGAUGGGAGCUUGAAGGCACGUCCUUCCCCGUCUUGGUGCUGGACUUUGUUCCCCCCCAGAAGGGGCUGUGUCCCCCCUGCCCGAGACACAGCGCUGGGCUGGAGCCGUCUCUGGGGCAGGAUCUUGGCCUGGGUACGGCACAGCGGGUACGAGCCCAGCACCGGAACGGGCUGUGGCUUCCUCCCAGAGACAUUUUAAAGCAAAUAAAAAAGGUGUAAUGUCA